AUGGCCCGGUGGCCCGCACCUCCUCCGCCUCCGCCUCCGCCUCCACCUCUCGCCGCGCCGCCGCCGCCCGGCGUCUCGGCUAAGGGCCCGCCGGCGCGCAAGCUGCUUUUCAUGUGCACCUUGUCCCUGUCCGUCACCUACCUGUGCUACAGCCUCCUGGGCGGCUCGGGCUCCCUGCAGUUCCCCCUGGCGCUGCAGGAGCCGCCGGGCGCCGCCGCCGAGCCCCCGCCGAGCCCGCCGCCACCCUCUCUGCCGCCUCCCCCCGUGCGCCUCGGCGCCCCCGCGCAGCCGCCCGCGCCGCCGCCGGACAACGCGAGCCGCGGGGAGCCGCCCGAGCCCCCCGAGCAGCCCGCCGCCCCCGGGGCCGACGGCUGGGGGCUGGCGAGCGGCGGCGGCGGCGCGGGCGCCCGGGACGCCUGGCUCCGGACUCCGCUGGCGCCUGGCGAGAUGGUCACGGCGCGGGGCGCGCUGCUGGAGAGGGAAGCGCAGGAGUCCAGCACCACCGACGAGGAGCUCGCAGGCCGGAGGGCGGCCAACGGGAGCAGCGAGAGGGGCGGCGCCGUCAGCACCCCCGACUACGGGGAGAAGAAGCUGCCCCAGGCGCUCAUCAUCGGGGUCAAGAAAGGAGGGACCCGUGCGCUGCUGGAGGCGAUCCGAGUGCACCCGGACGUGCGGGCGGUGGGCGUAGAGCCUCACUUCUUCGACAGGAACUAUGAAAAGGGGCUGGAGUGGUACAGAAAUGUGAUGCCUAAGACUUUGGAUGGGCAGUUAACCAUGGAGAAGACACCAAGUUACUUUGUGACCAAUGAGGCCCCCAAGCGCAUCCACUCCAUGGCCAAGGACAUCAAACUCAUCGUGGUGGUGAGAAACCCAGUGACCAGGGCCAUCUCCGACUACACCCAGACACUGUCAAAGAAACCCGAGAUCCCCACCUUUGAGGUGCUGGCCUUCAAAAAUCGGACCCUAGGGCUGAUCGAUGCCUCCUGGAGUGCCAUUCGAAUAGGGAUCUAUGCUCUGCAUCUGGAGAACUGGCUCCAGUAUUUCCCCCUCUCUCAGAUUCUCUUUGUCAGCGGUGAGCGACUCAUUGUGGACCCCGCUGGGGAAAUGGCCAAAGUACAGGAUUUUCUAGGCCUCAAGCGUGUUGUGACCGAGAAACAUUUCUAUUUCAACAAAACCAAGGGGUUCCCUUGCCUAAAGAAGCCAGAAGACAGCAGUGCCCCCAGGUGCUUAGGCAAGAGCAAAGGUCGGACUCAUCCCCGCAUCGACCCCGAUGUGAUCCACAGACUGCGGAAAUUCUACAAACCCUUCAACAUGAUGUUUUACCAAAUGACUGGUCAAGAUUUCCAGUGGGAACAGGAAGAGGGGGACAAAUGA